AUGGCUUCGACAUACAGCCCGAGCAUGGCCCGCACCGAUUCAAAACCCGUACGACCAGCGCCAUACUAUAAUUACCGCUCGCUACCUGUCGGCAGUAUUCGUCUUGUCAGGGUUGAAGCCCGCUCAACAACUAGGCAGCAUCGAGUUUUCGGCUUGGAUAACCAUAUUCGCAUCUCGAUGCACGAGUACCAGCUAGCGUCCUGCCCUCGAUUCACAGCAUUGUCUUACACCUGGGGGGAGCCUUUCCUGCCUAAGCAAGACGAGGUUGCCCAGAUAUUCACGGGAGAAGCACGCUGCUACCCAAUCAACUGCGGAGGGAAGAUCAUUCUCUGUACCCGCAAUCUCCGAGAUGCCCUACGCAGGAUUCAGUACUUCCAGCAAAAUCGGACAUGGCUAUUAGAAAAGAGCUUGAAAGGCUCUAAACUGGCAGCAUUGCCAGACCCAGAGCUCUUUUGGAUCGAUGCACUCUGUAUUGACCAGGACGACCUACAAGAGCGCGCAGCACAAGUACGCCUCAUGGGCUUGAUCUACCGGACCGCCGAAAGCUGUCUGGUCUGGCUUGGAGAAGAUGGCGUAGCGGCACAAAAGGCAAUUCAAGCUGCUUCACUUUUGACUCCAGAAUUGGAUCUGGUAGCUCAAAGAGGGGCAUUCGACACAGGUGCCAUGCGCUCGAUCCGCGAAAAGUUCCGGUGCUUGAGCCAGCCGUCUCGUUUUGCCCUAACCGAGCUCCUCUCUCGUCGAUGGCUGUCUAGAGUAUGGAUCGUCCAGGAGGCCAUCCUGGCCCGCGAGGUCUUCACAGUAUCCGGACAGCUGGUGUUCGACUUCACGAUCCUCCUCGACCUUGGCCGUAUGUUCAUACUCAUUGGUCAAUACGGGGGUCUGUUGAAUGGUUUUGCCCCAAGCGACGACAUGCAAAGGACAAAAUGCAUUAUGUACGCUCCGAUAACCCUGUCUCUCAUCUGGAAGGCACGCAUGAACUUAGCAGGUCAAACGACGCUCGACGGGGCAGUCAAGCCAGAGUUCCAGUACAUUGCGAAUCUUGUCCGCACUCAAGAGGCCAUGGAUGACCGAGAUAAGAUAUACGGCAUACUGGAAAUAGCUGAAGAGCUAAGAUUAAACUCAAAAUCCAUGGAUGUUGACUACAGCUUGCCUGUCGAGCGUGUUUACGUCGACGCAACAAUAGUUAUUGGUAGGGCACGGAACGAUCUAUCAUUCCUAUCUCAGGUUGACGAUCAUGGCGGUCGAAAAUAUCCCCAGCUUCCAUCCUGGUGCCCAGAUUACAGUCAGACAGAACACACUGCUCAACUAGAUGACCACUCUCAAAUGAAGCACCUCGGUCUGAUGGUAGAUAUGAGUACCUUCUGGGACUUGGAAGAGAGACCAAAUAUUGAAUAUAUCGGCAACAAACAUCUUGUUGUUGAUGGUUUCUGCUGCGAUACAGUUGCCCAUUCUGUGGGCAACUCACCUCAGCCAAGCCUUAUCCUGCAGCUGGCUCUUCGCAUCCGUCGUAGCCCGGAAAGAACACGGGUGGAGAGCUUAUGGAGAGGCAUCAUCAGGGAUUUUGUCGACGAUAGUAUCCCACCAACAGUUUUUGGGCUAUUCUUCCCCUGUACCUUGAUUGAACUUCUUGCCACGUUCAUCUGGCCCGAUUGUACGGACGAUCCGUCGACACGUCAAGAACGAUUUGAGGCCGAGUACAAAAGUCUGAUGGCCAUUUGUUCUACCCUGAAAGAGGAAGAGCCUUUGUGCGAGCCAUUCCUUCCCGACUUAGAACGGGCUCGGGAUACUGUCAGUGUCUACAUGGACUCGGAUUCACCACCCACGGAUGACACGAUGGACUCUUUUAGAGAGGCGCUUUUUUCAAACGAAAUCGCACUAAUCACUGCUCGUGCUGAGAAGUUUGGGCUUCAUAAACAACUGAAAGAGUUGAUCCCAUCAAUAUCUGAAAUGAGCAUUGGCCAAACCAAUUUGGAAAUCGCAGGUUUUCUGUCAAAUGUAUGGCUGGGAAAGUCUAUUCGGGCAUCUAACUAUUACCACUAUGUGACAACCAAGUUUCAAAGGUUCGGAAUGAGUCAUUGCUCGGUCCUGGAAGGAGAUGAGAUCUGGAUUCUACACGGCUUUCAUUCGCCUACCAUCUUGCGGCCUGUCCCGAACGGAAGAUAUAGAUUCAUCGGCGAGACCUAUAUCCAGGACUUUGUAUGUGAUGUGGGAGAUAUGGGACAGUGUAAAACUCGAAUCCACAUCGAGUGA